AUGAAACAAGAACUUGGGAGGGCUCCCACCCAGAACCUCCGGGGCGGUCUGGCCUUAAAUCGCCUCUCCCCUCCCAGCCUGCGGUCCUCAAAGCCCCUCUCCCAUCAGCGUUCCGGAAGGAUGGCGGGCGGGUGGGGAGGGGGCGGGGGUGGUCGCCACGUAGGUGGCCGCGGAGGGCUACUGAGGCAGGCUGGUGUUAGCCCGCCCCUCGGGCUGGAGCUCCUCCCGUCCCCGCCCCCUCUGGGUCGGAACUACGGUGGGCCUGGGAGGGGGCGUCGAGCCCAUUCGUGCCGUAUCCCUCCGCCCCCCUUCCCGACACCCCUCGCCGCGAGCUGUUCGUGCCGCAUCCUGCGCAGCCCCUGCCCGUUUUGGUGCAGCGGUGCGGGGGGCGGGCCGCCUCUUGGAAAUCUGACUGCGCGGAAAGCGGUGGGACUCCGAGUGAGGAGCUCCGAGAGGAGGGGGAGGCCGACGACCUGGGCCCUGAGCCUAGAGAGGUCUGGCGACUUCAGGCUGCAGGGUGCAUCUGUAGAGGAGACACUUGCGAGCAAGGAGGAGCAGGAAAGUUGCCUGGAUUUCUGGAGGCCUGCUUUAAGGCUGAUCACCUCUGCAGGGAAGGAAAGGAGGAAGAGACUGGUUCAAAUCUCUGGAGGUUGCUGUGAAGAAGGGCAAUGCAGGGGACAGCUACAGAGAGCUAUUAGGAAUAUUGGGGUAGUUGUGGAUUGGGCUGUGAAUGGGAGGAGAAGACUUGAGAGCAGGGAUCAGGAGACAGGACAGCCUGCUGUCUGCUAUAGGGCUGUAAUUCCACUGGAACAAGGCAAGGAAGGGAAAUUAAUUGCACCCCAUCAAUGCAGAUCCACCUCCAGUGGCAACUCUGGUGGUGUUGGAACUGCUGCUGACCACCACCCUCUACAGGUCUGCACCCACCCGGGAACCAUCCAUCCUCCCCCAGCUUGGUUGUGCUUCUGCUGCACUCUGUCUGUAAUAUUGGCUGAGGUUGUGUUUGAGAAGGAGGCUGAUUGA